AUGACCAACGAAUACAGUCGUGCUUCAUUCAACCGAGCAUUCGACAGGAAACUUCUUGUUGAUACCUUUGCGCCCACUAGCACUGUCCAACAAAGACGUGGCAUUUACCACCCUACAGAAGCUCGGGAAGAUGCCAUCAUCAUUGCCUCUGGGUCGAGAUCAAGAGGAUCUGACAGAAUGAGCAGGAAACGCCAUCACCUCAGUAUCAUUGAAACACACGCCGAUAUAACCGAGGUCGGAUCUUCCAUAUUUUCGUGA